UAGAGUAGAUAAAAUAAAUCAAACAAAACAAGGACAGCAACAAAUAUAAACUACAGCGUUCUGGAUAUUUAUCGUUAUUACGUGACAACAAUUAAUUUAAAAAUGAACGAUGUAGUUUUAUCAUUAAUUACGCAGGCUCAAGUGUCAGAUUCGCUUUGAGAUCAUAACGUUUAGAUCACAGUGUGUACAGUGAGAGUUCCUCUCAGCUGCACUAUGACCCAACGCGUGAAGACGCGGUGAAGCAGACAGAUGUGGGCUGCUGUCGGACCUCCUAUUCGCUGUGACGCAGCAGAGUCCUGGCCGGAGCGCCGCUCGCAGCCUCCCGCUGCCAUUCAGGCUGCCGCGCUUCAUGCCUCCACUGCGCUCCUCAACCCGUGACUGUCGUCCGGUGACCGGAGUCCUCCAGGGCUCCUCAGGUGAACACGAGGACCAUCCAGUGGAAGCAAAGGGGGGGAUGACUGAGAGGAUUCGCGUGACCCAGAUAGUGCGGCGGUUCUGACGGUGCGGUCUGUCUGUCUGUCCAAACACAACAUGAUGUCUGCGAUAGAGCCCCGUGCCCCUGUGUACCAACCUGCACAGCUGCUCAACUGGGUCUACAUGUCCCUGCAAGACACCCAGAGCGGAGCUUUCGAUGCGUUCAAGACCGAGUCGGACACUCCUCCUCAGGACGUGAACGUCUCCAAGCGCAGCGCAGCUGACCUGAGCUCCAACUAUCUCAACAACUUCUUCCAUCUGAGAAACGAGGCCUUGAACAACAAUUUCUACAAGAGCUCCUCGCCCUACGGGUCUCUCAACAACAUCGUGGACGGCCUGAGCUCUCUGGCCGACCAUUUCUCAGACCUCUCCCUGUCCCCCGAGUCGCGCAAACCCAGCAAAAGGCCGCCACCCAACUACCUGUGCCACCUUUGCUUCAACAAAGGACACUACAUCAAAGACUGCCCUCAGGCUCGACCCAAAGGCGAAGGCCUGACCCCAUACCAGGGAAAGAAGAGGUGCUUUGGUGAAUACAAAUGCCCCAAAUGCAAGAGGAAGUGGAUGAGCGGGAACUCCUGGGCCAACAUGGGGCAAGAAUGUAUCAAGUGCCACAUCAACGUUUACCCUCACAAGCAGCGACCUCUGGAGAAACCGGACGGGUUAGACGUGUCGGACCAGAGCAAAGAGCAUCCGCAGCACCUGUGUGAAAAAUGCAAAGUCCUCGGCUACUACUGCCGCCGCGAGCAAUAACGCGCUCCACUUGCCUUGUAUACCGCGCCAAAGUUUCCGGAAAGGAGGGGACUCUCGCAUUUAAAUGACUAAAAAUACACGAUAGUAAACUUAAUUGUACUGUAAUGCAUCUAACGGUUUAUUCUCACGAUAUAUUCUCUCUGACACUGUGACUCUCAGUACAAGAGUACAUUUUAUCUGCAGUACCUCUCAGCGGAGACGAGUACUUUGCAUCUGCUGGGUUCUUGUAGCUCACUCAGUUAUCAUGUGAAUAUUAUUUUUGAAGUCUUACCAACUGUGAAUUCAGAAACUUCGGUUCUGCGUCCGUCCUCGCUCGAGGCGGUGAAGUUUCCAGAUGAAGAUUCUCAUUUACACGUUUGUAUAUUCCAGAAAUAAGUUAUAUAGAAAUGUUUUCUGUAUAAAAUAUGCGACAAGUCUUCACUAAGAAAGAUUUUAUGUUUAUCUGCGUUAUGCUCAGUACUAGAAGGUACAUCAUUUUGGGAUAUAUUUUGAAGCCAUUACUUGUUGAUUAUUACACUUUGUGAAGGAAUAUAUUAGCCGACUAACAUUUAUUCUUUAUAUGCUACAUAUGUGCCUGUAUUUCUGAAGAUGUCUUUUAGGUAGUGUGUCGUUCCAGUCGUACACAACUGUAAAUCAAUGCAAUAUGGUGGAAAUAAAAUAUGACAGCACAGUUAUAUUAUGGCACCUAUGGCUAAUAGAGACUCACCAAAGUGCCUUUUAAGGGUCAAAGGUUAUUAUGUCUCAAAUGUUACAUUAAAGCCGCGAGCAGUUUUGACACAA